CAUGAGGUCCGUUCUGUCAUUGGGGAUUGUCUGCUUCGUCCUAGGCGUUGGUGCCAAGAGGCUACCUGACUAUAUCCCAACGUGCAAGAGGAAUGAUCCCAGUUUCGACAAAUGUGUCUUAGAUGCAGUAGAAGUCGUAAGGCCUUACCUAGCAAAAGGUAUCCCGAAGAUCAGAGUGCCUUCGCUGGAACCACUCCACAUCCCUCAGCUGUCCAUAAACAGAGACUUGGAGAACAUCAAGGUCAAAGCCAACCUCAAGGAUCUCAAAGUAUGGGGUGGAAUGGGAUUUAAAGUCAACAAAUUUAAGUCAAAUCUUGACAAAUUAUCGGUUGAGAUGAGCGUACUAGUCCCUACAGCCUAUGUCACAUCAGAGUAUGACAUUGAUGGAAGACUCCUUGUUGUGCCACUCAGAGGAAAGGGAAUUUUCUCUGGAAACUUCACUAACAUUUCUGCCGACGUCAAGGGUACGGGAGAAUUAGUAACUGGAAAGAAAGGAGCCAAAUACGUCAACAUCAAGUCCCUCAAGAUCAAGGCUAAGGUCGGAGACCAAGUUGUAAAGUUCGUCAACACCGACGAUAAUCAACAGAAUGCCCUCAUCACUAAUACGGCGGCUAACUUCGUGAACCAGAAUAGGCGCCAAGUCCUCGAGAUCGUCACCCCGAUCGCCGAAGAGACGGGCGAAGCACUCGUCACCCAAAUGGCCAACAACAUGUUCAAGGUCAUUCCAUUCAAUGAGCUUGUGCCCAGUCAAUGAAGCCGAUUCUUAGAGUAAAAUGUCAACUGGUAUCUAUCUAGCGAUGCCGUCAAAGUGUGAUCCUUUUGUUGUAAAUUGUAUUUUUUAAGUAAUUGUAGUAAAGUAAUUUAUUUAGUGUUAAGUUGAAUGCGGUCCAUCUACCAUCAGUUUUCGGUACACCUGAUGUUUAUUAGUGAUAAUAUAAAAACAACAAAACGCACUAUCUCUUAACAUCACAACUUGGCAAUGAAAAAUCAU